AGAUUAACGAGGGGUAAUGCUGCCGCUGCUUCGUCUAUCGAUGAUAUUACGAGUUGUGAUUGAUCUCGCUAAAAGAUCCCACUGGGUCGCAUUUAUUCAGCCGUUGCUGCAUCAGUCUGCGGGCUCCCCCUGGUUACUAUAGCUCCAGCCUAGCCUGAUCAGUCACCUAUAAUCAGGCAUUUAAACGUUUUUUUUUUUUAAUAAGUUGUGUUUAGGCUUCCGGCAGAAGUAAAGUGGACUGACAUCGGUACGAACAGUGGCUGCAGACGUCUGGGUGAUAGUCAUGGCAGCAAACUGUCCAUCUCCUAACACGCCAGCGGAUGACUGUUCAUGAGGCAUGUUGAAAGACUGUCAGUUUCGUUUGAAUACAAUCAUUUUUUCCACGUUCAGUCAUUUUUUGGUAAUUUUUCAUGUUGUUUUUUUGUCUCCACUGACGGAGCGGACACCUUCUUUACACCCAUAGUGUAACCAGAGGGGGCGCCAGUCCUGCAUAUGCAACUAGUUAGCCAAGCUAACUAGCUGCUCUAAAAGUUAGACGCUUCGCAUGCGUGGAUGUUUUAUUUGAGGCAGCACAGACAGGAGCCCCCAAACCACAUUAUAGGAAAGUAAAAUGGCGUCAGAAACAUCCGGGUCGCGGUGUGAAGUGGUGUGGGGGACACAAGAGGAAGAAGUUGGGAGUCUUCUCAGGCUCACUGUGGGCUUCCUUUCAUGCUGCUGUUGCUAUGCUACCAGCAGCCCCACAGCGCGUGCGGCUAAGGGAGCUGACACAGUGGUUUAAACAGCAGAGCUGCGAGAGUGACUGACCCCCUCAACACUUCUCCUUUUGGGUGCUACUAUAAAAACAGCCAUGCCGCCCCCUGCUGACAUCGUGAAGGUGGCUAUUGAAUGGCCUGGUGCUAAUGCUCAGCUUAUAGAGAUGGACCAGAAAAGGCCUUUGUCCUCAAUAAUUCGGGAAGUAUGUGACGGCUGGUCUCUGUCCGGCUCAGAGCAAUUUGCUCUGCGUUACGCUGACGGCCCUCAGCUUUACAUCACAGAGCAGAGCCGCGGUGAUAUCAAGAACGGGACCAUCCUUCGAUUAGCCAUUUCACCUGCCCGUGCUGCUCGUCAGCUCCUGGAGAGGAUCCAAUCCCAUGGUAUCGACGCUCGCCUGGAGGCUCUGAAGGAGCUCGCCAAGCUGUCCGCAGACCCAACAUUCGCCACAGAGUUCAUCAAUAUGGAGGGCAUCGGCACGCUGGCCCGUCUGGUUGAGAGUGGCACCCACUUCGGCGAAAUGCUGGCCUUCACUCUCACCGCCUUCCUGGAGCUAAUGGACCACGGCAUUGUGUCCUGGGACCUUAUCUCCCUCUCCUUCAUCAAACAGAUUGCAGGCUACGUGAACCAGCCGAUGGUGGAUGUGUCCAUCCUGCAGCGCUCCCUCGCCAUCCUCGAGAGCAUGGUCCUCAACAGCCACAGCCUGUACCAUCGAGUGGCGCAGGAGAUCACCGUGGGACAGCUCAUCGGGCACCUGCAAGUGUCAAACCAGGAGAUCCAAACCUACGCCAUCGCCCUCAUCAACGCUCUUUUCCUGAAGGCGCCGGAGGACAGGCGGCAGGAGGAGUAUACUAACCCGCUGGAGCAGCACCUCACUGAAAUGGCGAGCACUUUGGCUCAGAAACACCUGCGGUCCAUCAUCCUCAAUCAUGUUAUUAGAGGAAAUCGACCAAUCAAAGCAGAGAUGGCACAUCAGCUUUACGUGCUGCAGGUACUGACCUUCAACCUUUUGGAAGAACGAAUGAUGACUAAAAUGGAUCCGAAUGACCAGGCCCAGAGAGACAUCAUCUUCGAGCUGCGCAGGAUUGCUUUCGAUGGAGAAAAUGACCCCACUGGUACAGAGAAGAGAAAGGCCAUGUACACCAAGGACUAUAAGAUGCUGGGCUUCACUAACCAUGUGAACCCAGCCAUGGACUUCACCCAGACUCCACCGGGGAUGCUGGCUUUGGACAACAUGCUGUACCUCGCCAAGGUUCACCAGGACACAUACAUCAGGAUCGUCCUGGAGAACAGCAGCCGCGAGGACAAGCACGAAUGUCCCUUUGGCCGCUGCGCCAUCGAACUCACUCGAAUGUUGUGUGAGAUACUCCAAGUUGGAGAACUGCCUAAUGAGGGCUGCAACGACUACCACCCCAUGUUCUUCACUCAUGACCGGGCAUGGGAGGAGUUCUUCUGUGUCUGCAUCCAGCUUCUUAAUAAAACCUGGAAGGAGAUGAGGGCCACAGCCGAGGACUUCAAUAAGGUGAUGCAGGUGGUGCGUGAGCAGAUCACCAGGGCUCUGGCAAUGAAGCCGUCAUCUUUAGACCAGCUGAAGAAUAAACUGCGAGGCCUCAACUAUUCAGAGAUUCUGCGCCUGCGGCAGUCUGAGCGAAUGAGCCAGGACGACUUUCAGUCUCCACCAAUCAUCGAGUUGCGGGAGAGAAUUCAGCCCGAGAUCUUGGAGCUCAUCAAGCAACAGAGACUCAACCGACUGUGUGAGGGAAGCUGCUUCCGCAAACUGGGGAACCGCCGGAGGCAAGAGAAGUUUUGGUUCUGCAGACUCUCACUGAAUCACAAAGUGCUGCACUAUGGGGACCUUGAUGAGUCACCUCAGGGUGAAGUGCCUUUUGAGCUACUCAGUGACAAGAUCCCCGUCUCUGAUAUCAAGUCUGUGGUGACCGGGAAGGACUGCCCUCAUAUGAAGGAAAAAAGUGCUCUGAAACAAAACAAGGAGGUGCUGGAGUUAGCCUUCUCUGUCCUGUACGAUCCUGAUGAGACACUCAAUUUUGUUGCGCCCAAUAAGUAUGAGUAUUGCAUCUGGACUGACGGGCUGUGUGCGCUGCUGGGCAGAGAGAUGGGCAGUGACCUGACGCGCAGCGACCUAGAUACUCUCAUCAGCAUGGAGAUGAAGCUCCGCCUCCUUGACCUUGAGAACAUCACCAUCCCGGAAGCCCCGCCCCCGGUGCCGAAGGAGCCUAGCUCGUACAACUUCACCUACAACUACAGCUGAGAUGUGUGUUUGAGCGCGUGUGUGUUUGUAAUGCAUGUGUGUGUUGGUGAAGGAUCUUUUGACGAGUUUAGCCGCAGAUGUGUGCACCAGAAAAGGUUAUUUUGAGUUUUUUAUUUACCUUUCAGAGCCCUGGAGACUUCUCUCCUUACGUGUUUGUGAUGCUGUAGUGUUUGUCAAUCAGGACUAAUGUGUUUAUAGCUCCAUAGAGAGCUCUGAGGGUAAGGGUCUGCUACAGAGCAGUGCACCUGGAGCUGGUAAAGAUUCAGUGAGUGAAUCUGUCAGUCCAGUCUCCAGGCAACAUCUCGAUUUGUAUUCCCCAUUCUUUGUUAUUUAAAGCUGUAUACCUGUUAAUAUAGUUGAGGAAUGCUUUGCCUGGUGAUGGAGAUGGACAUGUUGUACAAAACUCCUAUUUAGUCUACAGUUGAGUAUAUUUAAAUCAAAUUGUAGCUUAACUGAUCCAUUAAGCUAUGCACAUGUUCACGUGCACCCUGUUUGUCCCUCCACAUAACGUCUGUAUGAGCUGAAAGUGCACAGACUCGCACGCUCAUGAAAUGAGAUUCAGCCAUUGUCUUGCUCAAGGUCUUGCUCCAGUUGGAGGGAAAGUUGAUGUCACGGAGGAUCAAACAUGAAGUUUCUUUCACGGAUCAGAAAACACAAGAAGCUAAAUAUCAGUGAUGAAGAGAGCUAGAAGAGUAAUUUUAAAAGAAAUUGACAGGAUUGACAGGAUCACUGUCACUGAACUAAUUCUGAGACACAAAAACCUAAGGCUGCAUCUAACAACCGUUAUCACAAUCUUUAAAUCUGCAGAUUAUUUUCUCCAUGAAUUGAUAAUUUAAUCUGUAAAAUAACAGGAAAAAAACAUGUUUACAUACCCUGUUUCAUCUGACUUAUGUAACCUAAAAGAAAACCCAAAGAAAUUCAGUUUGCUAUGAUUGAGGACUAAGAAAACCAGCAAAUAGAUGAAGAAUGAUGAAUAUUCCGUGAAUGAUUGUCAGCAUAUUUGCUGAUAAUUGUCUGUCAGUCAACUAACCAAUUAUUACAUAACCAUCCCAGCUGCACAAAAGUGGUGCUGUCGGCAUAUAUCUGUCAGGUGUCUGUUUACUCAAUACUCACGCUGCUUCAGAUCAUUUGACUCACAUCUCCCCUUCACAAAUAUUUCCCGUUGAACUGAGUUUAAGUGUGUGGUGUCCUUGGCUACUUCAUGUGUCUGUGUGUAUUUUUGUGUGUGCAGAUUUUUGAGAUUUAGUGUAAGUUGUCCAUGUCGAGGGGUGUAAGGAAUCGUUUCAGUGUUAUGUGUGAUGGAAGACAUCCAACAACAAAAAUGAAGAUUGGACCCUUUUAUGUUAAAUCACAGUCACUGCAUUGCCUUAUCAGUAAUCAACUCUCUAUUUUGCGGUAACAUUUGCAUUUACAAGCAGUAUAUGAAUAGUUCGUGACACAUAACAUGCCAUGAUGAGCUUUAGAAGAUACAAGAUUUAAGUAUUAUUUUCUCUGGCAUUCAUAACUGGUGUUUAAGCCAGUGUUAAUGAAUAUUUUGCAGCUGUAUAUCAUAGUUAGAAUAAUAUAUAAUCAUAUGUACAUCUUAACUAGUCAAAAAAUAUAUCAUAUGUUGGCUUACAGUAUUAGAUGUUUAAAAUGUGUUUUAAAGUGUUUCUUAACUCUACAUGACCUGUAUACUGAUUACAAUAGGAUUGCAACUGUAAGUGCAUUUUAAACUACUGAACAUUUAUGAUUUUGUUUGAUUACAAUGGUAUACACCAGUUUUGAAGGCUUAAUGAGAGCAUUAACAAUUUGUAUCGAAGACAUUAUUAACAUAAUUUUGCUGUUGGCGGUGGAUGAGACUGGGGAUAGGGAAGGCCAAUAUUUGACUGACGAUCGCAUUGAUUACAGCCCUUUUAUAUAGAGUGUUUUCUUUAAAGAUAUACUUCAAUUAUUAAAGAGGCUGCUUUCAGUAUUUUAAACUUUUUCAUGCACACAGUAAUGUAACUGUAGCUAUUAUUAUCUCCAGAGGACACGGAAUUCAACCUUUAGUUUCUGAGAUGAUGUUUUUAAAACAGCUCUGAUGGAGCUUAGGAUUUAUCAGGAGGACAGCUGCUUUACUCCAAAUGAUUUUACUGUACAAACCUGAACUCUGCGUGGGCAGAUGUGUUUAAGAAGAAGUAAUAUUUGACAACAUUCGAUCCUGACUGGAAUGACUGUCGUCAUGUCGGGAGAUAUAGAUAAUCAAUGUUAAUGUUAAUUCAUCAAAAAACUGCUGUGCCUUGUGUGUAAAUGUGCACAUGGGUUUCUCUUGAUGGAGAAAUGCACAUAUAAUUUCUGCUGCUGGGGGAUCACUGCAGGUGCUGUCAUUGAUAUUUACCUCAUCAAAGACACAUUUGUUGAGCCACUCUAUUCCCAUCUGCUCUCAGUCAGAAUAUGUUUUAUGACCAGGUCUGUCUGAUCUGCAGAUUACCCUGUGGAUAUAACUGAGAUCUGCCCAUCGCUGUAUAUAAAUAAUAGACAAAAGCAGUACAUUUAGGGAACUUAGCCUUCUUACGCAUACAUUACCCAUGCCCCUGGCUUUUAUCUUUUAAAACUAAAGUAUAGUGUGUUUUAAACUAUUUGUUUAUACACUGCUUAUAAAUGCGAAAUUGGGUGUUACCUUAAACGUAAAAGUUACAAAGUGACUUAACAGUCACAGGGUUGCUUCUUUUUAGGGCCGCCAUUUUGUUUCAAACAAAAAAAAGCUUCCGUCCCAAGAGCGUGUGAUGUCCCUGGUGUUUGAAUCCAUCAGCAGUUUCGAGGCUUUAUUUCAGACUUUCAAUCACACUGUGCAAGUAAGCGGGACAAAAGAGCAGCUCCAUUAGCCUGUCUUAAUUAAUGUGCCAGAAGCACGACCCUCAAAUGAAUGGAGGCAGGCCAGUAACAGUUGAGCGACACGGCUCACUGCUAAUUUAACACACGAGCAUACAGGAUUGUCUGUUCUGUACACACUGAUAUAAGUUAUAGUGCUAUUGCGUGAUGUCAUUAUCUUAUUUCCACUGUGUGAUUGGUUCUAAACUUUUUGUGUGUUUAUUAAUGUCCUGUCUAAACCAGUACUAAUCACUGCUGUCAUUUGUUAUUGCAGAAUAGAAGUAUAUUUUUGUAAAUGACUGUACAAUCUUAUCUGUGAAGAGAAUGGGUAUCGAACUAACAAAGCGUUUUCCCUUUGCGUCACUCUGUACAGUACAUUCAACAUGCUUAUUACUGUUAUUACUGACAUUUCACACUGAAAAAAAAAAAGUUUUGAUCUUCAUGUUUUUAAAGGUCACAAAAACAUUUUCAUAGCACAAGCACCUCGUAUUGUUUUAGACGCCUACGCCAGCACCUAAUGAUGAUGUCAGUGUUAAUGUAUCUUAUACUGCUAAUGGGAAUAAUAGAGAUUGCCAUUACUGUUGAUGCUGUUUGUGAAAAGGAAUAUAUUUGGAAGUUGUUUUUCAGAUGUUUUUCUUUUGAUUUCUCACUGAUGCUGCAGAUUUUAAAGGUUCCCUGCGGAAUGUUCUUUUACCUCUAGUAGCGCUAUGGAGCAGGUUUUCUAUCAGAGGGCGUUGUUUUUCCCGUGCACGAGCGUGACACAAUAGACAUUCCUGCCAAUGGUUUCACACUACUUCACUAAUUAACAGGUGGCAAUAAUUCACCAAGAUAUACAGCAAUGUGCCAACAAAGGUAGUGUACAGGAAGAAUAAACAGUAUAAACAACACAAGAUUUGAAACAUUUUGAAAAUAGGCAUUGAAGGUGUUCACUUUAUUCUGAAGAAGGAAAUACAUUAUACAUUUGUCAGACCUAAAGUAAACACAGUGCGUUUUUCACUGAAUGUAUUUAAAGGAAAUUCCACAGGGCGCCUUUAACUGCUGAAAAGGGUUAUUUUAUAUUCCAGUAAGUCCUGAAACCCUUAAGCUGCUCUCAGAAAAAAACAUAGCUGCAGCUAAAAUAUAUCAAUAACACAGUGAGUAGAGGAGUGUUGCAUUGGAUGUACUAGCAGUAUGACUUGAAGUUUUUGCAUCUGGUACUCUUUUACAUGACUUGCUAACUAUUUAUUUUACACUUGCUACUAGUGAUAGUAAAGAAUGACAUGUUGUUAGUUGAGAAAUAACAACAUAAAAUCUAAAUAUGGUAUACAUAUAGAUCAUUGUAUGUAUAUACAGUAUUGUGCUGCCUUAUUGCAAAAAAAAAAACAAAAUGUAUUAUGUUUUGUGUGAAUAAAUACAAAGUCUAACUGAGA